UGGAGUACAGUUGCCUCGGUUUAGUCCUAUGGUUUCAGCAAGAGAAAAAAAUUCUAGUCUGCAUUGACUUUAUACUGUGUUUGAGAACUAUGUGGUUCUAUUAACAAUGAUCAGUUUGCAUUUAAGUUUAAUAUUUUGCAGGUGUUUCUCAAGUGAUAGGAGGAGAGUGGUUGUUACCGGCGUGGGCUUGGUUACUUGUCUCGGGGUUGGUACGGAGACAGUGUGGCAUCGUCUGCUAGACUGCAGGAGUGGAUUAACCCACGUCAGGGGCAAGGGCUAUGACCAGAUUCCCUGUAAGGUGGUGGGAUAUGUACCUCACGGGAUUGGAGCUGGGGAGUUCAAUAGAGAGGUGACAGUACCCAGUGCACGAGACAGGGGGGUGUCACAAGCGGCAGCUUAUGCCUUAGCAGCGGCAGAGGAAGCUUUGACUAGUUCCGGAUGGAAACCCCAGAAGGACGCACAACUGGAGAGAACAGGUGUGUGCAUUGGGACAGGCAUGGUAUCGCUAGAAGAUAUUGUUGAUGCUGGAGAACAUGUGCGUGGUGGCCGUUACCGCAAAGUGAGCCCCUGGUUUAUUCCUGAGAUCCUCAUCAACAUAGCUGCAGGCCAUGUCAGUCUAGCCUAUGGCUUCAAGGGCCCCAACCACACAGUGUCAACUGCCUGCACCACAGGCCUUCAUGCUAUUGGUGAUGCCGCCCGUUUCAUUUGCCAUGGUGAUGCAGAUGUCAUGCUUGCUGGUGGCGCCGAGUCAUGCGUUGGACCUCUUGCCAUGGCUGGCUUUGCUCGCAUGAGAGCACUCAGCACCAGUUUUAACGACAGUCCUCAGGAGGCCUCACGGCCAUUUGAUGCCAAACGAGAUGGCUUUGUUAUGUCAGAAGGGGCAGGGCUGCUUGUACUUGAAGAACUUAACCAUUCUUUAGAAAGGGGAGCUAAUAUCAUAGGUGAGAUACUAGGGUAUGGCUUAUCAGGUGAUGCCCACCACCUUACAUCACCAUCCAGUACAGGUGAUGGUGCUUAUCGUUGUAUGAGGGCAGCACUGUGUGACGCAGACCUUGACCCCUGCAAGGUUGGUCAUGUGAAUGCGCAUGCCACCUCAACACCUCUUGGUGAUACAGCAGAGAGCCGGGCCAUCCUCCAGCUACUAGACAGACAUGCUUUUGUGACCUCGACAAAAGGUGCUUUGGGACAUCUUUUGGGUGCAGCAGGCAGUGUGGCCAUCCUGACACUGUUGGCUUGUCAAAGAGGCCAGAUUCCACCCACACUGAAUCUCCUGAAACCAGACACAGGUUGUGAUCUUAACUAUGUCAGAGACACAGUCCAGGACUGGCCAGUGCCUUUGUCAGGCAGGAGAAUAGCCUUGACAAACUCUUUUGGUUUUGGAGGAACAAAUGCCAGCAUAUGUGUAGCACAGUUCACCCAGUGAAGAGAAGUACUUUCUUUGUUAAAAGAAAAUAGAAAUAAAUAUGUGAACAGACUGCUACAACUGUGGAAUGUAUUUACUUAAAUUUGAGCUCACUUACUUUAACUUUAACUGUCGACUUCAGAAAAUGUGCAUUAAAAGCUCUUAGUUUCC